AUGAACAUUAGUGUCCAACAGCCUAAUAUGCAGCAAACAGUAAAGGCUGGCUUGGCAGAGAGUCUUGGAAUAUCACCAAAGGCUGGCUUUGAUAUUGUCGGUGUUGACAGAUCCGUUGAAAGAGCUUUUCUAGCAAUGAAUAUGAUCAGGUAUAAAUUACGCAAUAAGAUCAAUGACGUGUGGUUCAAUGACUUGAUGGGAUGUUACACCGAGCUAGAGAUAUUCAAGUCACUAGAUGAUAUUGAUAGUAUUCGAACAUUCACCACAAAGAAGUCUCAGAAAGAACAUUUGCCUUAUGAUUUUAUUUAA